UUACUCUGGGAAAAACAACUUUUGGGUAGUUCUCAAUUUCAUGAAAUUUUGUGGGAGGAUUUUGUUUUAUUCAUCGUAUCAAAGCUUUGGUGUUUUAAAUCAUUUAAUCAUUUUCUUGCUUUUUUACAAAAAAAAUUAUUGCAUUUUUCUUCCCUCUCUUAUGGGUUCUAAAUUUCCACCUUCCUGUGAAUUUUCUCUGCAGUUUCGUGUCUGCUUUCUUAUUUUUGAAUUCUAUGGGAGUUUUUGUAUGCUUCUUCUACUUUUGUAAGGGCCUGAGGGGAGGUAUUUGAUACUCUGGCAGAGUAUGAUUAUUGAUACAUGGGCAAUAAGAAAUUGUACACAUGGCAUAAAUUUAAACCCACUGAAUUAUGUAACCGACUGUUGCUAAGUCACAGUCCAAAAAUCAGAUUGGUUGAACAAUCCUAACCUCUGAUUCAUCAAAGGUUAAUUGUAUGCCACAUCUGCAAUUUCCAUGUGGUUCUUAAGCCCCUGCAUAUCAUCCAUCACACUCUAGUAGAGUAUCAAUGUUUCUCUUUCUGUAAUGGGUUGUUCGGCUCAUCAUCGUAGUGCUUAUUUUCAUUGAAUUUUAGGGAAUUAUGCAUUUAAUAGGAAAAGUUUAUGCACGCAGUGUGCACUGAGAGUUGGGGAAGCAUAAACAUCAGCAGCAACAAUAGUUAGAUAGGUUUGUAGAUGCACAGGGUGUGAAGUGAAGUGGAAGCAAAUUCAGAUGCAGGAGUGGGGAAUGUCUAUUUCAAAAUGUUAGCAAGCAUAAACAAGUAGGAUUAAGCGGGAACACAUGCAUGAACCUGAGCCGUUGAUUUGAGUGGGUGCGGCAUGCACUUGGGCAGAAGGGAAUGAGACUACGGAGGAGUCUUGAGGUCUGGAAGCUCGGCAUCGUCAACUACUCGGACGCACUGAAGCUUCAGGAGAGGCUCGUCUCUGCAAGAAAAUCGAAUAAGAUUCCAGACACCCUUUUGUCCUUACAACAUCCACCCACUUAUACACUCGGAAAAAGGCGGACAUAUCACAACUUACUAGUUCCCGAAGCCGACCUCCUAACCAUGGGAGCAGAGCUUCACUACACAGAAAGAGGGGGCGACAUAACAUUUCACGGCCCACGUCAAGCCAUUCUAUAUCCCAUCAUAUCUCUCCGAAACAUCGGCUUUGGAGCACGCAAGUAUGUUGAAAAUCUUGAGCAAACAAUGAUCGAAUUGGCAUUGCAGUACAGUGUGCAAGCUCAUGCAGGGAAAGAUGGCCAGACGGGGGUGUGGGUCGGGGACCAGAAGAUCGGAGCCAUUGGCGUCCGGAUUUCGUCGGGGAUCACGUCACAUGGGUUGGCUUUUAAUAUCGACCCAGAUCUUAACUAUUUCAAGCAUAUCGUGCCUUGCGGGAUUGCCGAUAAAGGAGUUACAUCUUUGAGAAAGGAGACGGGAGGGUUGCUUCCGACCGAUGAUGUAAUUCAUGAACAGCUCAUUGGCUGUUUCGUGAGAUCUUUUGGUUUCUGUGAUGUUUCAUCAAAGGAUAAUGAAUCCAUUUUGUUAGAAAAUGGGGGAAUUGGGUGAAAUUAUGCCAAAUCGAUCUGGUUGUUUGUUUGAUCAGAUGUGUACUUGUGCAUGUAAUUUUCGCUGUUUUCGCUGUUGUGAUUUACUUAUGAAAUUUUAAGCAAGCAUUGCAGAAUUGGUGUUUAA